AUGCCCAUGCUCUCAGAAUGUGAGAAAAUCCUCGGCGACGGUCUUCUGCGCUUACCCUCCAAGCAUAACUGCCGCUAUGGCCCGCAAGCAGAGCGCGACCUGCUAGAGCUCCUGUUCCGAUCGCUCGUAGGGCACAACGAAGAGCUGAUACACCACCUUUUCCCCGACGGCGCGCCGGCUGGACCGUGGAAGCUUGCAGAGGCACAAGGUGCCCGUGAGGGAGCAGAAUACAGCGAGUCCGCGCGAGGCAAACGCUGCGGGCAUAUUUUUCGGUCGGGUGAGGCCACUUACCGCUGCAUCACCUGUGCGGCCGACGAAACCUGUGUCUUGUGUAGCCGGUGUUUCGACUCGUCAGACCACACGGGGCAUCAGUACCAGAUCUCGCUCUCCUCUGGAAAUUGCGGUUGCUGUGAUUGUGGCGAUGAUGAGGCCUGGAGACUCCCACUUUUCUGUGCUAUCCACACCGACAGCGGCAAUGCGAAGGGGAAAGAGCGCGCUCAGCGGGAACUUCCGCCCGACCUUAUUACUUCCAUCCGUUCAACCAUCUCUCGAGUGCUGGAUUACUUUUGUGAUGUGAUUUCUUGCUCGCCGGAGAAUUUGCGGUUACCCAAGACUGCCGAGGGGAUUAAGCAGGAUGAGGAGGCAUCGCGGUUACGUCCCGACUGGUCUGAGGUGGGUGAUGAAGCGGAGGAGGAACCCGAGUUUGCGCUUAUGCUGUGGAAUGACGAGAAACAUACCAUCCGCGAUGUCGCCCAUCAGGUCAGUCGUGCCUGUCGUGAGAGAGACAGCUUCGGUAUUGAGCGGGCUCACGAAGUCAAUGAUAUUGGCCGCACGGUGGUGCGAUAUAGCAGGGACUUGCAGAGGCUUUUGGCUGUAUCAAAGAUUAUCGAGGAGAUCAAGGUCACUGUUACGGUUCGAUCUGCACGCGACACAUUCCGUGAACAGAUGUGUGGGACUAUCGUUGAGUGGCUGGCUGACAUUGCUGGCUGCAGCAUCCUUGAUGAUAACGAGAUUUUCCGCCAAAUCAUUUGCGAAGAAUUGCUUAUGCCGUGGAGGAAAGGAAGCGGAGCAUACAAUGCAGAAAUUGGCCUAAAAGGCAUCGACGAUCAUGAAAGAACGGAGCAUUUACCUGGUCGCACUGUUAUGCUCACUCUUCCUCCUCAUGGCCAGAUCAUUCUGGCGACAGAGGAAGAGGAGGCUGCAGAUGAAGAUGAGGAUAUCGGAGACGAGGGUAAUGAUGACGAUUAUGUAGAAGCCCACGAUGAUGCCGAUGACGAAGAUGACAUGGAAGUCGAUCUCGCUCGUCUUCAAGCUGAGGUUGAAGGCGAAGCAGCGUCUGACGAAGAUAUGGACAUGGUGACCGCAGAUCAUGGGCUGACAUUUUCCGAAAUCUUGGCAAGAUUAGACAGUGGUCAACCACCACCUCUGCGUCCAACGGCCGAGCAAGCUGAAGAAGAAGCAGCAGCAGCACGGGCACGAGCAGAAAGAGAAAGCGGCGCGACGCCUUCCGGAGGAUCUGGAAAUCAGGCCUCCGGCUCGAAUAGUUUCGUGUCUAUUCCCAAUACACCCUCUGGUGUCGUCAGGCCCUCGCCAGCCAGGACAGAAGGCCAUUGGCAAGUUCGCCCGCCUAUGCCAGGUCCAGGUGAGAAGACUGCUCCGUACGAAGACUUGUGGCAGCGAACCCGUCUUGACUGGCUCAUCCUUUUCGAUUUGAGACUAUGGAAGAAAACACGUACCGACCUGCGUGAUCUAUACAUCAGUACAGUCGUAAACGUACCGCAAUUCAAGCGCAUCAUGGGUCUUCGCUUGUCAGCAUUGUACACUGCCCUGGCUCAGCUAUAUCUGAUUGCGGACCGAGAACCAGAUCACUCUAUCGUCAACCUGACAUUGCAGCUGCUCACCACUCCCUCUAUCACCGAAGAGAUUGUGCACCGUGGGAACUUCCUGACGAAGGUUAUGGCUAUUCUAUACACCUUCUUGACAACGCGACAAGUCGGGGAGCCCCAGUCUGUCAAUCCGAAUGCUAUCUUAGCAUUUGAUGGCUCUGUCACCAACAGGCGCCUGUACCACUUCUUCCUUGAUCUCCGAUAUCUGCUUCAGUCGGAAUACGUCCAGCACCGCGUUCGAACUGAAAGCCAGUAUCUGCCUCAAUUUUUGGACCUUGUAAAGCUCUCGCAAGGCAUUUGUCCUAAUGUGCGUGCUGUUGGCGAGCAUGUUGAAUAUGAGACAGACGCAUGGAUCAGCGCUUCCAUUCUUAUGCGCGAGAUCAAUCGGCUGUGUCGACAGUUCUGCGAAGCAUUCCGUAACCCCGAGGCGGAUAAUGGGCAGAACCUCCUGCGCGCGAUCAAGACGACGACCAUUUCGGCUAUUAUACACUCAGCAGGAGUGGAACGUAAGAGAUUCGAACAAGCUGAGAUCAAGGAAGAGGUCCGCUUCAAGACCCUUCCUCCCUUCGAUUUCGAAAUUGGGCCGUCUGGUGAGGUCCCAUGUCAUCGGGUAGUCGAGUUUGUUGUGGAGAAGGGCUCCAUCAGUUUCCACCAUGCCCUGCACUACACACUCUCAUGGCUUAUUGAGUGCGGGCGUAAUGUGAGUGGCGAUGUCAUGCGUAGUGUCCUUUUUGAAGCCGCACAAGCGGCACGGGAGGAGCUUCAUGCUUCUAAGGACGCAAGUGAAAAGGCCAUUGACGAAAGUCUUCUUGCUCUCGGGCCCGAGGACUUGCUUCUGACGAUGUUCGACUAUCCUCUGCGUGUUUGUGCCUGGCUUGCCCAGAUGAAGGCUGGCAUGUGGGUUCGUAAUGGACUCAGCCUUCGACAUCAAAUGUCACAGUACCGCGGAGUUUCAUCUCGCGACUUUGCGUACUACCGCGACAUUUUUCUUCUGCAGACUGCAUUGGUGACCUGUGAUCCCAGCAGAGUUCUUGCAUCGAUCGCUCAUCGGUUCGGAAUGGUCGACUGGAUGUCUCGGAAUUACAUGCCUCGAAGUGGCUACGAAGAUUCUCAGAUCGUUGACGUAGCUGAAGAAUUCGUUCAUCUCCUUGUCAUUUUAUUGACCGAUCGUACAUCCUUGACGGCCAUCGAUGACAGUGACCAUAUGACCAAGGAGAACAUCAGCCGAGACAUUGCCCACGUUCUGUGCUUCAAGCCGCUCUCGUUCUCUGAUCUUUCGACAAGGCUUAGUGACAAGCUGCUUGACUCGGACAUGUUCCAAGAUGUUCUCGAAACCGUCGCCAACUUCCGCCCUCCGGAGGGCUUGAGCGAUUCUGGGACAUUUGAACUCAAGUCUGAGUACUUUGAUCUGGUGGAUCCAUACAGCGCCCACUACACGAAGAAUCAGCGAGAUGAAGCCGAAAGCAUCUAUCGUGAGUGGAUGGCCAAGAAAACUGGAAAGAAGGCUUCGGAUAUUGUCUUUGAGCCAAAGCUUCGACCGAUCAGCUCUGGCGUCUUCUCUGAUCUUCCACGUUUCACUGGAACUAUGCUAUUCGCGCAGGUUAUUCACCAGUGCCUCGAAUACGUGAUUUCAUCGAGCGAGUGCACGCCGACAAUCCCACCGACACGGGUUGAGACCUUCUUGCAAGUUAUCCUGCACCUCAUUCUCGCUGCUGUGCUGGAAGACAAUACUCAAGAUGGAGAUAUGGAAACCGACGACAGGAAGUCUUUCAAUCUGCACGCUUUGUCCAAAUCCCGAGAAAUCAAGGCGGGCAAUUUGACCAUCGUUGGUCUGUUGGAGAGAAUCUCAGUCAUGAAUGAGUUUGUCUCCUGUGGCGCUAAGAUCCGCCAUAUCCUCAAGCGACUUUGGCAGAAACGACCCCGGACUUAUACCUCUGCAACUGCUUCCCUGAAAUUCCCGUAUGAUCGUAUCGAUACGAGUUCCCCUGCGAUUGACCUGGAUAAUGAGAAAGAAACCAAAAAGAAGCAGGCUCUGGAGCGACAGGCCAGAGUUAUGGCGCAGUUCCAGCAGCAGCAACAGAACUUCUUGAACAGCCAGGGAGAUAUUGACUGGGGCGAGGAAGACUUCAGCGAUCUGGAGGAAGAGACAGAAGCUGCACCCGAAACAAAAGCUUGGAAAUACCCAAGUGGCACUUGUAUUCUCUGCCAGGAGGAGACGAAUGACUCCAGGCUCUAUGGAACAUUUGCCCUGCUCCAGGAUAGCACAAUCCUGCGCCAGACAGACAUUCGGGACCCUGAUCGAAUCCGAGAGGUUCUCCGAACACCGACAAGCCUGGAUCGAUCUGCUGACGAAAUCCGUCCUUUUGGUGUUGCGGGUGAAAACCGGACCACUAUUCGCCGCCUCGACUCUUCCGGGGGUGAAGUGAUUAGUGAAAAGGUGGGACUGAGCAAAGGCUUUCACCCUAAGAGCACUUUGCGUGGCCCUGUGACGACUGGCUGUGGUCACAUCAUGCAUUAUUCAUGCUUUGAGGUAUAUUACGCAGCGACACAGAGGCGGCAUAGCCAGCAGAUUGCACGAAACCAUCCUGAGAACACCUUGCGAAAGGAAUUUGUGUGUCCACUUUGCAAGGCCCUCGGUAAUGCAUUCCUGCCCAUCACCUGGAAGGGCAAGGAAGAGUCUUACCCCGGAGCUUUGAGUACCGCUACUUCAUUUGACGAGUGGAUGAACACUGGUCUUAAGGAUGCUUUGAAUCAGCCUCAGAACAUUGCAAUUUUGAUGAUCGAAAAGGAAAAGGGUUAUCAGCAUUCUUACACUGAUAUGUUCGUUGACUACCUUUCGAAGACCCUUGUGCCUCCUUUGUCCUCCAGGGUUGCCCAGCUCAUUGGGCCAGCAAUGCAGUCUCCUGGCGGCUCGCAAUAUGUCUCAUCCACGUUGCGCAUUGACAUGCCAGGCUUCUACCCUGGAACGGAGGAAGGGCCUCCAUCAAGUCCAUUACAGCACGUCUCCAGUUCCUCUGAUAGUCCGAUUCUGGAGUUAGUCCAGAUCUAUCGACGACUCAAGAAGACUAUCAAGACGAAUCACAUUAACUCUAUCUUCAAUAACACCCCUGAGACUAUGAACGGCGAGGAUCUUGUGCACACUGAUUCGUUGAUGCGAAGCUUCGGAUUCAAUCCCCCCCCACUCACACUCACCCAUCUUCGUGUCCUGGCCGAAACGGCCUUGACAUAUGCUGCGGUUGGUUGCGUCAACUCCCACAACACCCAGAGUCGCCCAGCGCAAGAAUUCCAAGAGAUGCACCGACAAAGGAUCUGUCAAUUGCUUGUUGGUCACCCCUGUAUGAGCGGCACAACUCUCUUGAAUGAUGUUAGAAACAUUGAGCCUCUGCUCGCAAUGGAUACCUUCGUUUUCCUUGCAGAAUGCUCGCUUUCCUUGCUGCCAGUUCUCAACAUCGAUGUCCGCCACUUGAUCCAAUUGUGCUACGUUGCUGAGAUUGUCAAGGUGGCUGUCACUUUCAUCCUGUGGCCCCUCGGAUUGAAAGAGGAAAUUGCGUCGCACGAAGACACAGACAUUAACGACAACGAAUUGUCUACCGCUCGAUUCGAAGUAGCUAAGCACUUCUUCGACACAAUUGUUUCUGAGCUGAAAGCAAAUUCGGUCGGACGCGCUGAGGGAUCUUCCUGGCCCGCAGCAAGCGGCUAUGUCAAGGACGGAGAGGAGUCGGCAACACCAGCAGUCAUCAAAGGCUUGCGUCGCCUUAUUUCCAGCUACGCACUGACAUUCUUGCGCAAGGCGGCUAUUCUCCUUCAUGUCCAGCAUGGCGUCGAGUUCCCGAAUACUGGUUUUGCUGAUGUCGAUACACCAGAGCUCGAUAGACUCACAAACAUUAUGCAAUUGCCUCACCUGGACGAAAUUUUGUUGACCAUCAACCCAGCGAGACAGAGUAACAAGCCAUUCGACUCUAUCAUCUCCGGAUGGAUAUUCCACUGGAACGCAUCACGAUCAGGUAUCCGAUUCGAGGACCACCGCCUCUGGCCAAGUCUGCCCCACCCAGCAAUUUUCGAGCUCGUCGGCCUUCCGAAGUAUUUCGAUAGCCUUAUCGAGGAAGCAAACCGACGCCGAUGCCCAACUACAGGCAAGGAGCUUACCGAUCCAAGCAUUUGUCUCUUCUGUGGCGAAAUCUUCUGCUCGCAAGCUGUAUGCUGUAUGAAGGGCAAACAAGGCGGUUGCAACCAGCACCUGCAGAAAUGCGGCAAGAAUAUCGGCCUGUUCAUAAAUAUUCGCAAAUGUACUGUUCUGUAUCUCCACAACCGCAACGGAUCGUGGCACUUUGCCCCAUACCUCGAUCGUCACGGCGAAGUCGACCCCGGUCUUCGGCGUAACCGCCAGUUGAUCCUGAAUCAAAAGCGCUAUGACAGACUCUUACGUGACGUUUGGCUCUCACACUCCAUCCCUGCAACCAUUAGCAGGAAGCUUGAAUCUGAGAUCAACAACGGUGGAUGGGAAACGAUUUAA